AUGCAGUCUUCCCCAAACAUGCUCACCAAGUUUGAGUCGAAAUCCUCCAGAGCGAAGGGAAUCGCAUUCCACCCUACACGACCAUGGAUUCUCGUAUCGCUUCAUUCCUCCACAAUCCAGCUUUGGGACUACCGCAUGGGAACUCUCAUUGACCGAUUCGAAGAACACGAUGGACCAGUGCGCGGUGUCGACUUCCACCCUACUCAACCCCUGUUUGUGUCCGGAGGUGAUGAUUACAAGAUUAAGGUCUGGAACUACCAGACCCGGAGGUGUCUAUUCACAUUGAACGGCCACUUGGAUUAUGUGCGCACCGUUUUCUUCCACCCCGAACUCCCCUGGAUUCUGUCGGCGUCCGAUGACCAGACCAUUCGAAUCUGGAACUGGCAGAACCGGUCCUUGAUCUGUACAAUGACCGGUCACAACCACUAUGUUAUUUCCCCCCCCACCGAAGACCUCAUUGCCUCCGCGUCGCUCGAUCAGUCAGUCCGUAUUUGGGACAUCUCCGGCCUGCGCAAGAAGCACUCCGCCCCGACCUCGAUUUCGUUCGAGGACCAGAUGGCACGAGCCAACCCCAACCAAGCAGAUAUGUUCGGUAACACAGACGCCAUUGUCAAGUUUGUAUUGGAAGGUCAUGACCGUGGAGUCAACUGGGUGUCUUUCCACCCAACAUUGCCAUUGAUCGUUUCAGCAGGUGAUGAUCGCCUAAUCAAGCUUUGGCGAAUGAGCGACACCAAGGCUUGGGAAGUUGACACCUGCCGCGGCCACUUCCAGAACGCCUCCGCCGCUUUGUUCCACCCUCACCAGGACCUCAUCCUCUCCGUCGGCGAAGACAAGACGAUUCGCGUAUGGGAUCUGAAUAAGCGGACCUCCGUGCAAUCGUUCAAACGGGAUGUGGACCGAUUCUGGGUUGUUGCGGCGCACCCCAAGAUCAACCUGUUUGCCGCGGGUCAUGAUACUGGUGUGAUGGUAUUCAAGCUUGAACGGGAGCGACCCGCCUCGGCUGUUUACCAGAACCAGCUCUUCUAUAUCACCAAGGAAAAGCAUGUGAAGUCAUACGACUUCGCUAAGAAUGUCGAGUCUCCCCCAAUGCUGUCAUUGCGCAAGCUCGGCUCCCCAUGGAUUCCCCCACGAACUGUCUCUUACAACCCUGCCGAACGUGCCAUUCUCGUCACAUCUCCCGCCGACAGUGGAACAUACGAGUUAAUUCACCUCCCUCGCGAUGCCACUGGUGCUGUCGAGCCCACCGACGUGAAGCGUGGACAGGCUACUUCUGCUGUUUUCGUUGCUCGUAACCGUUUCGCAGUCUUCAACCCUUCAACCCAACAGGUUGACAUUAAGGACCUUAGCAACUCGACUACUAAGACAAUUAAGCCCCCCGCUGGUACUACAGAUAUUUACUUCGGCGGCACUGGUUGUCUCCUCUUUAUUACUCCCACGACUGUCGUCCUUUUCGAUAUCCAGCAAAAGAAGCAGCUCGCUGAGGUGACCGUCAGUGGUGUGAAAUACGUUGUUUGGUCCAAUGAUGGUCUCUAUUGUGCCCUUCUCAGCAAGCACAACGUUACUAUUACCACCAAGACCCUAGAGCAGGUUAGCACUUUGCAUGAGACCAUCCGAAUUAAGAGCGCUACCUGGGACGAUGCUGGUGUGCUCAUUUACUCCACCUUGAACCACGUCAAGUAUUCCUUACUCAACGGUGAUAAUGGAAUUAUUCGUACUCUGGACCAGACUGUCUACCUUGUCCGGGUUAAGGGCCGCAGCGUUUACUGCCUUGACCGUAACGCUCAGCCUCGAGUUCUCGAGAUUGAUCCUACCGAGUACCGCUUCAAGCUUGCCUUGGUCAAGCGUAACUACGAUGAGAUGCUGCAGAUCAUCAAGACUUCUAGCUUGGUUGGCCAGAGCAUCAUCUCAUACCUGCAAAAGAAGGGCUACCCCGAGAUCGCUCUUCAGUUCGUCCAAGACCCGCAAACUCGCUUCGACUUGGCCCUUGAGUGUGGAAACCUGGAGGUUGCUACUGAGAUGGCUCGCGAGCUGGAUCGCCCUAACUUUUGGAAUCGCCUUGGUGCUGAAGCACUGGCUCACGGUAACCACCAGACCGUUGAAAUGACCUACCAGAAGCAGCGGAACUUUGACAAGCUUUCCUUCCUCUACUUGGCUACUGGUGACCAGGAGAAGCUUUCACGAAUGGCCAAGAUCGCCGAGCACCGUGGUGAUUUCACCUCCCGCUUCCAGAACGCUAUCUACCGAGGAGAUGUUGAAGACCGAAUCCAGAUGUUCAAGGAAGUUGACCAAUAUCCCCUGGCUUAUCUCACUGCCAAGUCUAACGGCCUGACUGAAGAGGCUGAGUCUAUCCUGGAAGCCUGCGGUCUUACUGAGGAUCAGAUUAGCCUGCCCUCGCUACAACAACCUCUCAAUGUUCCCCAUCCUAUUGUCCCUACCUUCAAGUCCAAGUGGCCUGUUAAGGCUGCGGGUCACUCUUCAUUUGAGAAGGCUCUUCUUGGAGAGGUCGGUGCUGCUGAUGAGGAGGACGCUGGUGAUGCCUACGAGUUUGAUGAGGCUGAGCCGGAGGCCGUUCUUGCCAAGGAUACUUUGGAAGACGAGGAAGAAGAUGCUUCUGGAUGGGAUAUGGGUGAUGAUAUUAAUGUGGAGGAGGAUGUCGAGUUUGUCAAUGUGGAAAGCGCUGAGACUGGCGCUGGCAGUUCUGAGGCGGAUAUCUGGGCGCGCAACUCCCCGCUGGCGGCUGAUCAUGUUGCGGCCGGUUCAUUCGACACUGCCAUGCAGCUUCUGAACCGACAGGUCGGUGCUGUUCAGUUCGCACCUCUGAAGGAUCGAUUCCUCGAGGUCUUCAAGGCAUCCAAGACCUACCUCCCUGCCAGUAUUGGGUUGCCGCCUCUUAUCAACUAUGUCCGCAGAACGACCGAAGAGACAGAUAGCCGCAAGGUUCUCCCCAUUAUCCCGCGCGAUCUGGAGCAAAUCGCUAGCGUUGAGCUCCAAGAGGGUUACAACGCCAUGCGUGCCAACAAGCUGGAAGAAGGUGUGAAGAUUUUCAAGAAUAUCCUGCAUACUCUCCUGGUCAACACUGUCUCUUCUGAGGCCGAUGUCGAGCAGGCAAAGAAGAUUAUCUCCACAGCUCGCGAGUACAUUCUUGCUAUGUCUAUUGAGCUGGAGCGUCGUACUGUCGCCACUGAUUCCGAUGCUGGCCUCAAGCGCAGUCUCGAGCUGUCGGCUUACUUCACCAUCCCCAAGCUGGAGGUGGCUCACCGUCAACUAGCACUCAUGGCUGCGAUGAAGUUUUCCUUUGCCAACAAGAACUACAACUCUGCCUUGGGCUUCGCCAACCGUAUGCUGGCUAAUGGUGGAUCCGCUAAGCUUCUGGAGCAGGCCCGUAAGAUCAAGGCGCAGUGUGAGCGUAACCCAUCAGACGCGAUCGAUAUUGAGUUUGAUCAAUUCGCCGAGUUUGAUAUCUGCGCUGCCUCUUACACUCCUAUCUUCAGCGGCUCCCCAUGUGUCACUGACCCCUUCACCGGCGCCAAAUACCACGAACAGUACAAGGGAAGCGUCUGCCGGGUAUCCGAUGUCACUGAGAUCGGUGCUCCGGCUAGUGGUCUGCGUCUGUUUGUCCCUGGACAAUACUAA